AUGAUAUGGCGUUCAAGACUGAGCAGAGAGGAGGCAUCUUCCCCACCUCGCGGGCCCGAGCAUUUGUGGAGGGGUGCGAAUCGUGUGGGCUAUUGGACCUUUGGCUCGUUUGGGCUUUCCUUCACAUGGUAUUGUCAUGCGCAAAGGAGGGCUCCUAUUCAUCGUAGAUUGGACCAGGCUUUGGCUAACGUAGCUUGGAAUGUUGGGUUUCCAGAUGGAUCGGCGGAAGUGCUUCCCUGGUUGCAUUCAGAUCAUAGUCCUCUUUUGCUUCGGUGUUGUCCGCCACCGGCCACGAUUGUCAACAAACCAUUUAGGUUUGAAGCGGCUUCGAUGGAUCAUCCUCAAUACCUAGCGGUGGUUAGUGGAGCAUGGGACAAGGGAGCUUCAAGCUAUGUGGCAGCGUUAGCUUUUGUGAGGGAUGACUCUUUGACCUUUAAUAGAGAGGUUUUUGGAAAUAUCUUCUGGCGGAAGCAUUGUGUGGCAGAUCAGAAAAGACGUGUCCUUGAGUAG